AUGCGCACAGACGAACACGUGGCUGCCGCGGAGCCAGGGCAGCAAUGGCGGCGGGUGGCCGUGGUGUUGCCGACCCCCUGUCCCCGGCAGGGGUUCCGUGCGCCUUCUCCCCGCUGAACCAGGCCUACUUCGCUUUGGCGUCUGCCGACGGUCAGUUGCGAGUGUGGGAGACCGCCAACAAUAGGCUGCACCAAGAGUACGUGCCUUCCGCGCACCUCAGCGGUACCUGCACCUGCCUGGCCUGGGCGCCAGCGCGACUGCAGGCCAAGGAAAGUCCCCAGAGGAAAAAAAGGAAAUCAGAAGCUAUAGGAACGAGUAACCAGAUUGACUUGUUGGCUAUUGGUACAGCAGUUGGUAGUAUUUUAUUAUACAGUACAGUAAAAGGAGAAUUACACAGUAAAUUGAUAAGUGGUGGACAUGACAACAAGGUUAAUUGCAUACAGUGGCAUCAAGACAAUGGCUGUUUGUAUAGUUGUUCAGAUGAUAAAUAUAUUGUGGAAUGGAAUACACAGACAUGCAAAGUAAAGUGCAAAUGGAAAGGCGACAAUAGCAGUGUCAGCUCCCUGUGUAUCAGCCCAGAUGGAAAGAUGUUGCUUUCAGCUGGUCGAACAAUCAAACUGUGGGUUUUGGAGACCAAAGAAAUCUACAGACACUUCACAGGCCAUGCAACGCCAGUUUCAACACUCAUCUUCACUACUAUCAGACCUCCUAAUGAGAGCCAGCCCUUUGAUGGAAUCACUGGUCUUUAUUUCUUGUCUGGAGCAGUACACGACCGGUUACUCAAUGUCUGGCAGGUCCGGUCAGAAAACAAAGAAAAGAAUGCAGUGAUGUCUUUUACAGUUACAGAUGAACCUGUCUAUAUUGAUCUGACUUUGUCAGAAAAUAAGGAAGAGCCUGUCAAGUUAGCUGUUGUUUGCAGAGAUGGUCAAGUUCAUCUUUUUGAACACAUACUAAAUGGAUACUGCAAAAAGCCUUUGACUUCAAACUGCACAAUUCAGAUAGCAACACCUGGGAAAGGCAAGAAAUCAACACCAAAACCCAUCCCUAUUCUAGCAGCUGGUUUUUGCUCAGACAAAAUAUCACUGUUGCUUGUAUAUGGCAAUUGGUUUCAGCCCGUCAUUGAGCGAGUGGCUUUAAAUUCCAAAGAAUCUCAUAUGUGUUUAGUAAGAGAUAUUUCAAACUGCUGGGCCCCCAAAGUAGAAACAGCUGUAACAAAGGUGAGAACACCAGUGGUGAAUUCUGAAGCAAAAGUUCUGGUGCCAGGGGUACCUGGUCAUCAUGCAGCUAUCAAGCCUGCUCCUCCACAAAUUGAGGAAGUAGAGAGCAAGAGGAAAUUGGGGGAGAAUGAGAUUAGCAUUGAAGAGCGCUUGGGAGCACUGGAUAUAGAUACAAAGAAAGAAAAGGAUGACCUUCCACAGACAAAUAGCUUUCCAGUUCUUCUCACACAGGGUUUAGAAAGUAAUGAUUUCGAAAUGCUAAAUAAAGUACUUCAAACUAGGAAUUUAAACCUAAUUAAGAGGACUGUAUUAAGGAUGCCCCUGCAUGCUGUUAUUCCAUUGUUGCAAGAGCUUACAAAGAGAUUGCAGGGACAUCCUAAUAGUGCCGUUUUAAUGGUUCAGUGGCUAAAAUGUGUGUUAACGGUCCAUGCAUCCUACUUAUCCACAUUGCCUGAUCUGGUACCCCAGCUGGGAACGCUGUAUCAGUUAAUGGAAAGCAGAGUAAAAACUUUUCAGAAACUCUCCCACCUUCAUGGAAAGCUUAUUCUUCUAAUCACUCAAGUUACAGCAUCAGAAAAAACAAAGGGAAUGACUUGUCCUGCACAAAAGGCAAAAUUGGUGUACGAGGAAGAAUCUUCUGAAGAGGAGUCAGAUGAUGAAAUUGCAGAGAAGGACUCUGAUGAUAACUGGGAUGAAGAUGAGGAAGAGAAAGAAAGUGAAAAAGACGAGGAUGUUGAUGAAGAGAACGAAGAGGAAGAGGAAGAUGCCGAAGAGAAAGAUGAGGAGAACGGGGAGGAGGACAGGGAUGUGGCCAGUGAGAAAGAAUUAAAUGGAGAUUCUGACUUAGAUCCUGAAAAUGAAAGUGAAGAAGAAUGAGGACGGAGAACAAGUUGAUGGAACUAUCACCUCUGGUGCGCCUUCCCCAGUGCUGCCGAGUUCUCCUGGGAAGGGUUGUCUCUGGGACAGGCGCCAAGGACCGUUGCACAUUUCCAGAUUCCUCGUGGUGGUUCCCAUGCCAUCUCGCUGUCCUGAGCACCCCAGACUUCACUGUGUAAAUAAGAGUGUUUCCUUCAAAUGUUAAUAAACUUUACACAGCAAAUAGA